UGACGAAGGCUUGUGAAGCUGAGAAGACAAAUUGCCCUCAUCAUUAUCUCCGGGCUUGUCAAUCAAACAUAUUCCCUUAUUUACCUCGGUGAGGAGAGAGCCCCGGGAGCACACGGAGAGGGAGGGAGUGAGAGGAGAGCUGCUUGCCCCAAACUCUGCACCGGGGAGGGAGCAUUUCCAGCCCCUCGGGAUGGCCACCAUCACCUGCAACCGCUUCACCGAGGAGUACCAGCUCUUUGAGGAACUGGGCAAGGGUGCUUUCUCCAUCGUCCGGAGAUGCGUGAAGGUGUUGGCAGGACAAGAGUAUGCGGCCAAGAUCAUCAACACCAAGAAGCUGUCUGCUCGAGAUCACCAGAAGCUGGAAAGAGAAGCUCGGAUCUGCCGCCUCCUGAAGCACCCCAACAUCGUGAGGCUCCACGAUAGCAUCUCCGAAGAGGGCCACCACUACCUGAUAUUUGACCUGGUCACCGGCGGGGAGCUUUUUGAGGACAUUGUGGCCAGGGAAUACUACAGCGAAGCAGAUGCCAGCCACUGCAUCCAGCAGAUCCUGGAGGCCGUCCUGCAUUGCCACCAGAUGGGGGUGGUCCACCGGGAUCUGAAGCCUGAGAACCUGCUGCUGGCAUCCAAGCUGAAGGGUGCUGCCGUCAAGCUGGCUGACUUUGGCCUUGCCAUUGAGGUGGAGGGGGACCAGCAAGCAUGGUUUGGUUUCGCUGGCACCCCAGGAUACCUCUCCCCCGAGGUGCUCCGGAAGGAUCCCUAUGGCAAAGCUGUGGACCUGUGGGCUUGCGGCGUGAUCCUCUACAUCCUGCUGGUUGGGUACCCACCCUUUUGGGAUGAAGACCAGCACCGACUCUACCAGCAGAUCAAGGCUGGGGCUUAUGAUUUCCCCUCCCCUGAGUGGGACACGGUCACUCCUGAAGCAAAAGAUCUCAUCAACAAGAUGUUGACCAUAAACCCAUCCAAGCGCAUCACAGCAGCAGAGGCUCUGAAGCAUCCCUGGAUAUCACACCGUGCCACCGUGGCAUCAUGCAUGCACAGACAGGAGACGGUGGACUGUCUGAAGAAGUUCAAUGCCCGGAGGAAGCUGAAGGGAGCCAUCCUCACCACCAUGCUAGCCACCAGGAACUUCUCCGGAGGCAAAAGUGGUGGCAACAAGAAGAAUGAUGGCGUGAAGAAAAGAAAGUCCAGUUCCAGCGUUCAGUUAAUGGAAUCGUCAGAGAGCACCAACACCACCAUCGAGGACGAAGACACCAAAGUACGGAAGCAAGAAAUCAUUAAAGUCACAGAGCAGCUGAUCGAAGCAAUAAGCAAUGGCGACUUUGAGUCCUACACGAAGAUGUGUGACCCUGGGAUGACUGCCUUCGAGCCUGAGGCUCUGGGCAACCUCGUGGAAGGCCUGGAUUUCCACCGAUUCUACUUCGAAAACCUGUGGUCUCGGAACAGCAAGCCUGUGCACACAACAAUCCUGAACCCCCACAUUCACCUGAUGGGAGACGAGUCCGCCUGCAUCGCCUACAUCCGCAUCACGCAGUACGUGGAUGCGGGAGGGAUCCCCCGCACCGCCCAAUCCGAGGAGACCCGCAUCUGGCACCGCCGGGAUGGCAAAUGGCAAAUUGUCCACUUUCACAGAUCCGGUGCACCCUCGGUCCUACCGCAGUAAGCCCUCUGAAGCGCAAUCCUGCCCGUGUGGGAUUUGUCACUGACUGACUACCAAGAGGAAACCUCCUCCGACAUCUUCACCUACGGGACUUUGGCUGUUGGCUCUGCUGCUUGGUUCCCGCUGGAAUAACCCCUUGCUUCUCACCGCACACACGCGACGGCCCUGCCAGCACUGCACAAGCAUCCCAUUGAAACCCCCACCCCGCUGGGGCCGUAGCGCUGGGCCCCCUUCCUCUGCAUGAACCAAGAAAAGAGAAACCAUGAACCUAAACCUGAGUAUCUGGCCGACAAGAUAUCGUGUGCUGGGGUAAAAGCCUCCUUGCUCAGCUGUAUGGUGUUGGUGGGACCCGCCACCACCCCACACAUCUCCUGAACUGGUUUGGAUCCAUCCACCUCCAUCCCCACUUCUGCUGGGAGCCCCCCGAGGAAGAGGAGGGAAGGGGGGUAGUUUUGAGCCUCUCUGUGCCACAACCUCCCUGUGCACCGGUGGAUUUUGCUUUGCUGCUAUCGAGGUCCUUGUCUGCUGCCAUGGCUCCUGCCUGCUCCUGACCUGAGCUCCCACUUCCCAGCAGCCUUGGCCAGGGAACUGUGGUUUAAACCCUUUGCAAAUUCCAUAUUCCAUGUGCCCCCGGGUGAGGAGGGCAGUGUUUGAAUGGGUGAGUAAAGGCUAUCUGUUUAUUUUCCCUUCCCAGGAGUGUAAGCAAGCUCCUUCCCAGGAGAGAGAGUAGGUUGGCACCCUGGCUCCAAGAGGCUGUCGUGCUGAGGGGGAUGCUCUCCCUCCUUCCUCCCUUCUCCCCUCGGAGCAUGGACCAGUGGAACUGGGAGAAGAAAGGAGGCAAAAGACAACUGCAUUCCGGCACCGCAUCAGCACAGCCAGGAGCUGGGGCUCUCCCAGACAUGCCAUGGCGGUAGCAUUGCUCCUUCACCCUCCUCCCCACCCUCCACCCAGUCUGGAUCCUUCACCCCAGCACCCAGCCCUGCCGAGCACCCACCCUUGCCCCUCACAUGCAGCACCUGGUGCUCCUCCCGUUCCCCACUUCCAGCCUGGGAUGGGGGUGGCUGAGCUUGCCACUGGUUCGGGCCUCAAAUCUCCAUCACCCACACGACUCCUUCCAGCGACAACAAGGAAUGCAAGCUUUAUAAAGUAACAAAACUCUGCAGAAUCUGAUUGUGCUUCAAAGAAAACAAACAAGCCUUUAGCUGUCUUCUACUUUGAGCGCAUGCCUUUUUAUAGGGAAAAAAACCCCAACAACCUACCGUGUAUUUCGUAACUUGAUUUUGAGUAUUUGCUGAAAUGGAUCUUUAUGUAAUAACUAGAAACAUUCAAUUGGGGCAGGGUGGGGGGAUUUGCAGGGGUUGCUGUUUUUUGUUGCGUUUACAUUUUGGAGAGGGGUUGUGCUGCUGUGAUGCUUCUACAGGGCUCCCGUGGCUGCCAGCCCCCACCCCACGCCAUGGCGGCUUGUCCCGUCCUGUCCCGUCCCACAGCACUGGGCAGGUGAAGGCACCCAUGUCCCAGAGACACCCCCUCCCGGGACACCCCCUCCCGGGGCACCUUCCCACACCCCACGGGUCUUCCGGCAGGACAAACCCAGGCAGUGGCUCUUGGGAAGCCACCAGGAUGUGGCUUUCAGGACAGAAGACAUGGCCAGGAAGGGGAAUUUUGGUCUCACCUCUUUGCCGUCGGGUAGAGGUCUGAGGGUGGGUAUUUGUCCGGCAAUUCUUCCAUUUCUUGUUACCUUUUUUCCAACUGGAACCUCUUUGCUCGUUGAUGGGAGGCUCCUGCAGCGCUGCUGCCCUGGGGGACUUUCUAGCUGCACUCUCUUCAUCUGCAUGGCGUUUAACUUUCUAGAUGGUGUGUGUGUUGAAAAACAAAGAAAUGAACAAAAAAGCGCUUGUUUUGGACAUAAAAAAAAAAAAAAAAAGAGAAAAAAAAAAAAAGGAAAUGUUUCGUCCAUGUAAA